AUGGUGGCCACGGUGGGGCCAACUCAUCAGGUCUGUCAAGUGUUGGAUGAGAUGCUUCUGAUGUUCUUCAUCGUCGAGUACAUAUUGAGGAUCUAUCACCGCGGCUGUCGUAUUUUCUGGCUCGACAAGCAGGAGCGUACCUGCAACAUCAUCGAGACGGUCAAUGUCGCCCUGGGUUUGAUUCAGACCUCGGUAUUGCCGUUUUUCAUGAAACCGGAGCAGCUGAGAUAUAUAGGCAUCUUGAGCUUCUUUCGGCUGUCGCGGAUCUUCAGAUUGCUCCGACAUUCCAGCUUUGUUUGGACCGGCGACGAUUGGUUCCAGUAUCUGUCUGGUGGCGUCAUCUGUUUGAACGCCGCAGUGUUGGGUUUCGAAACCGACUCGCCAGAACCUGCAUGGUGGUGGGUGAACCAGGGCAUUCUCUGCUUCUUUGUCUUCGAGAUCAUGGUCCAUUUGGGCCUGGAAGGCUGUAAAAACUUCUUCACCUCUGAUGAGGACGUCUUCUGGAACUGGAUGGACUUCAUCAUCGUCUUACUGGGCGUCUUCGACCUUUGGGCAAUUCCCAUCUCUUCCUUGCUCUUGGGAACCAAGUCGACCUCGGGCUUUGGUCGCUUGGUGCUGGUGGUCAGAAUGCUGAGGAUGCUUCGCAUCCUUCGACUUCUGAAGUUGGUGAAAGCGAUUCGACCUCUGUACUCCUUAGCCUUGGGAGUGACUCAGGCCAUGCAAAGCAUCUUUUGGGUCUUAGUCUUCUUGGUGGUGACGCUCUACGCCUUCGCCAUUUUGGCUACAAGAACCAUAGGGCAUGCGAAAUUCAUCCAGGAAGAUCCCGACUUGCCACCAGCGAGCCGUGAACUCUUUGGGUCGAUGUGGGAUUCCUUUUGUGCCCUCUUCAGUAUCAUGAACCAGCAGAACUGGGAAGCCAUGGGACCCCUGCUCGACAAGAUCCCGGCGAUCAAACCGGUCUACGUGCUCUUCACCAUUUGUUCCACCUGGGCCUUGCUGUCAGUCCUCACGGGCUUGGUUAGCGACAACAUGAUGUCCGUCCGAGAAUCCCAAGCGCAGAAGGACGAGGAGGCAGUUGAAGAGCGCCGCAUCUGGGUGGCCAGGUGGCUGCGGGGCGUCUUUGCCGCAGCGGAUAAGGACGGCAGCAUGACCCUGGAACGUGAGGAAUACCGGGAGCUCUUGAAGUCACCCUUUCACCUGAAGCGUUUGCAGCAGGUCGCCAAGGUGCCGAUGCAAGAUCUCAUGCAGAUGUUCGACAUCUUAGAUGUGGAUCACAAUGGGCUCAUCGAGUUCCAGGAAUUCUUGGUGGGCUUUGAGUGGCUGAACGAACCCAUCAGCGGCAAGUCCUUGCUGAAACUGGGCCACGAAAUCAGGACCUCCAGCAAAGCGGUGGAGGAACUCCUUCUGAACUUGAGUGAAUCCAUGGACGGCCUUCGAACACGACAGCUGGCCACGCAAGAGCGACUGGAGGGAAAGUUUCGUCAGUUGGUGGAAGCGAGGAAGAAGCUGAAGGAGGAGUAUGACAAGACCACCAUGGCUGAGACCGAGGCCAGUAACUUGCGUGUGGAGCUAUCGGCCCUCAUGGCCAAGCUGGGUGUGGAGCAUGAGGAGCAGGCCAAGAAUGCCGAUGUGGUGAUCCAAACCCCAGAAGCCGAGGUCAAAAAGGUCCACAGAUUGCGAGCUGAGAGUGACAAGUAUGGUUCAAGCUACAACAUGAUGGAGGACUAUGAAAUUUCAGGCAGCAGCAGCAUCAGUGCGUUGAAGCGUGAGAGCCCCAACCGACCCGAGAAGUCCAAAGACCCCAACCGCGUCACCCGGAGCAUGUCGAUGCAGACAAACAGCUCAGUGGCAUCUUCCUGAUCUCUGCCGUGUUGAGGGGGUUGUCGCUGGGGACAGCAGGCUUCCUGAGGCUGCCAAAAUAACCAAACUGAUGGGCGAUUCCAUCUUGAUCUAAUGUUUUCG